GGCCUGGGUCUGCGGUCUGGACUCGCGGCCUCUGGGCUAACGAGCGGCGGCGGCGGCAGCGGCAGCGGCGGCCAUGGCGGGCAUCGAGCUGCUCCUCAACCAGGGAGCCGAGUCCCCAGCUCCCCUCUGCCCACAUGGUCCAACUUUGUUGUUUGCAAAGAUAAAUCGUAAGGAACAGGAAACGAGGAGAUUUUAUGCCUGUUCAGCCUGCAGAGACCGAAAGGAUUGCAAUUUCUUCCAAUGGGAAAAUGAGAAGGUGUCAGUAGCCCGGCUGUUAGCAAGAGAAGAAUUUAAUCAAAGCCGACAGCCACCAUUUACUCACAAGCAAUAUGUGGAGAGAUAUCAGCACUUUGUGUCUUUACCCGAGGUAAAGAGGAUAUUCUGUUUGGAUUGCCAGCUUCUGUUGUUGCCCGCGGACUGGGAUAAGCACACAUCUCAUCAACAGCUGGGCGAUGUGUCUCUUCAUCAGCUGAAAAGACCCAGCAAAUUGCUGCUCCCACUUGAGAACAAAAAGACCAAUGCUCAGUACUUGUUUGCUGAUCGCACAUGCCAAUUCUUGUUGGAUUUAAUUGUUUCAUUGGGAUUCAGAAAAGUGCUGUGCGUUGGAACACCACGGCUUCAUGAACUGAUAAAGUUGCGCCAAUUUGAAAAAAACAACCCAGUUAUAAAGAGUCAGCUGCUGGAUAUUGAUUUCAGGUAUUCCCAAUUUUAUUCAGAGGAGGAAUUCUGCCACUAUAAUAUGUUUAAUCAUCAUUUCUUUGGAGAAAAGUCUGCCAUUGAAGCAUUUCGAAUGUUCAUGUGUCAGGACAACGGAGUGCCUAUUAUUAUGGUGACUGACCCACCAUUUGGGGGCCUGGUGGAGGCACUAGCUCACAGUUUUAAAAAGAUUGUUGCCACGUGGAAGACCUCACAGAAUGAAGAUGAUGAAUUGCCAAUAUUUUGGAUUUUUCCAUACUUUUUUGAACCUCGCAUUCUACAGUGUUUCCCAACAUUUAGCAUGCUUGAUUACCAAGUGGAUUACGAUAACCAUGCACUCUACAAGCAUGGGAACAGUGGACGUAAACAAUCUCCUGUACGCAUAUUUACCAAUCUUCUGCCUAAAACUGUCAUAUUGCCUGCAGAAGAAGGAUACAGGUACUGUUCACUUUGUCAGCGAUACGUAUCCUCGGCAAACAGACAUUGUGAAAUAUGUCAAGCCUGCACAUCUAAAGAUGGAAAGGAAUGGAAACACUGUCAUAUCUGCAACAAGUGUGUAAAACUAUCUUGGUUUCACUGUGAAACCUGCAGUCAUUGCGUGCUUCGGGAUCAUUCUUGUGGUGGAGCUCGAAGUGGAUGUUUUAUCUGUGGAAGUACUGACCAUAAACGCAGAGAAUGCCCUGACACCCUUGUCCAAAACAAGAUCACUGAAAAGUCAAGGCCACAUAAACGUAAGCAUUUCAAAAUGAAUAAAAAGGAUGUCACAACCAAAUCCAAGCAACAGGCCCAGGCAAUGAGUACAGGAAAGAAGAAAACUAUGAAAAGGAUAACUGCAAAAUCAAAGAAAAAGAAGAAGAGAAAGAGUAAACAAUUAUGCUGAUAACUGCAAGAUGAAGAGGCAUUCCUGGAUGUAUAGAGUUCAGUUUCAGCCUUCACAAGAACAGUAAACCUUGGAGGAUCUUUAAGUCACAGAAAAUUGGCGAGGUAGAUCUUUGUACAAUUCCAUCACUCGUCUGCUGUGCAGUGUUUCUGAUUCCACCUUGUUUGCUAAUGAUCAGUAAUCAGUCGCUGUCUGAAAAUACCUGCAUCAAACUAAUUUAAUAGAUUUUGGAGAUCCUAAGAAAGAUAUAAAAUAAUUCUCAUUUUUUUGUAUUCAUCCACGACGGUAAAAAUCUGAAUAAAUACAUUAGAUGGUGAAAUAUCUGAAUGUACAUUUUGAUUUACCUACACAAUUCUUCUGAAAUGUCCAUUUCAAAUUUGAAGCAUAUUUUUCUGAAUGUAAUGUUUUAAAUUUAAUAUGAAAGGAAAGUUAUUUGAAAUAAACAUGACCGUUAUAUAAUAAA